UCAGAAAAAAGAUGUAUGAUUUACUUAUCAUGACCAAAUCACUAGUAUCAAACAUCAGGCUGAGCCUAGGGAUGUUUGUACGCCAUGGAUCCAAUAAACCCCCCAAGCUGUUGAGAAUCCUCCUCGCCCCUCUCUUCUCCUUCCUUGGACUGGCCGUUUCGUCGAUGAAGAUGAUUAUUAUUAUCGACCAACCAGCCACCCUUCAUCGUCACUAGAGGAACCAAAGAAUC